GUUUUGCGACAGGCGUAAAGCUGAAAUGGGGGCGGUGUUUGCGGGAUCAGCUGACAGCCCCGUGAUUCCUACAGUCCCCGGAAGUAAGGGAAGUGGCUUGUGAAGUCGGAGACCGGGGGGGGGGUAGAUCGGGAGGAUGUUCGGGGAUGAGGAAGACACGGACUUUAUCUCCCCCACAGGAGGGGCAAAGCUGGCAUCUCUCUUUGGCAUGGAUCAAAGCACCUCCGGACAGGGAAAUGAAUCUUUCCAAUACACUGCCCCAAAGCAGCCAAAGAAGGGCCCCGGGGCCACUGGUGGCAAACCCAACAAGCCCUCUGGACCAGCUGGUUCUGGUACCGCUCCUGCUGUUCUCUUUGCUACAGCUGUUCAUGCCUACAGAUACAUUAAUGGGCAGUACGUGAAGCAGGGCAAAUUCGGAUUUGCGGUUCUGGGGAAUCACACUGCUAAGGAGUACAGGAUCCUUCUCUAUGUGAGCCAACAGCAGCCGGUCACUGCCGCCAAGAUCCACCCAGGAUUUGUGUUCACAGUUCAGCCCAAUCACUACGCAGCUUUCUACGAUGAUCAGCGGCAGAGCUGGUCGGUGAUGUUUGAGUCGGAAGCAGCCGCUGUUGAUUUCAGUAAGCAGGUGGGUGUGGCCAAGUGUAACUCCUCCCCUGCUCUGGAUACAGUCAUCUACCAGGAUCUUCUCCCUGGGGAGGGACAAGCGGCGGACCUCGGGGACUUGCUGGAAGUGGCCUACACAGGGUGGUUAUUUCAGAACCAUGAAUUGGGCCAGGUGUUUGACUCCAACGUGCAGAAGGACAAACUCCUGAGACUCAAGCUGGGAUCUGGGAAAGUCAUUAAGGGCUGGGAAGAAGGCAUGCUGGGAAUAAAGAAAGGAGGGAAACGAUUGGUCGUGAUCCCACCGGCGCUAGGCUACGGAUCCCAAGGGGUCGCCGGACGCAUUCCUCCUAACGCAACCUUGGCGUUCGAGGUGGACAUUAAACGAAUGAAGGUGAGAGAUCAGGGGUCUGACAGGCAGAGCGUUGGAUCCAGAGAUUCCCCGGUGUCUCUUCCAGACUGUCAGCCUGCGGAAAUGUUGCCCCAGCCGCCUUCUUCCGUGCCACCCAAGCCUGGGGAGCCGGCAAUCCGUGCCAAGUCCAACUCCAUCAGUGAGCAGCUAGCAAACCCUGAUGUGGCCAAAGCCAAGCUGAUAUCCAGGAUGGCCAAGAUGGGGCAGCCAAUGUUGCCGUUCAUAUCCGGGACCCCCCAGCCAGACUCCAGUGAUUCUGAAAUAGAGGAUCCAAAUACCCAGAGAGCCGUGCCCAGUCCAGUUGCCCCUCUGCCCGUCCGACCCACCCCCCAGAUGAACCACGUGCCAGCUGCUCAGGUUCCGCCCGCGGUCCCCCAGACUGUACCAACUCUUCAGGGGACGUCGGCAGCCCUAAUGCCAGUUGGACCCAUUCAGCCUCAGGCUCUCGCCCCGGGGAUAUCACCUGGGUUCCAGCCAUACGUGCAGUAUCCAUAUGCCCAGAGUGCCAGCACCCAGCUGCAGUCGGUGGCGCCAGUGUACCCGCCCCAGAUACAGACGCCAUCGCACUUCCAAGCUGGAGGCGACGUCACCUCUUUCCUGAUGACGGAAGCGCGGCAGCACAGCACCGAGAUCCGCAUGUCCAUUGGCAAAAUAGCCGACAAGAUUGACACCUUGGCUUCCAAAGUGGACAAUCUUCAGAAGGAGAAUUCCGCCAGCUCCUCCCAUUUGCUCCCCGGUAUCACCUCGAUCACUAUGGAGAGCGCGAUGAUCAUGAACAAUAUUCAGCGGAUUAUCCAGGAGAACGAGCGUCUGAAACACGAAGUGCUGGAGAAAAGCAGUCGCAUUGAGGAACAGAACGGCAAAAUCAGCGAGCUGAUAAAUCGCAACCAGAAGGAAGUGCAGAGAUGCAUGGGAAAGGGGCAAGGGUUCCAGCAGGAAGUGCAGAGAUGCAUGGGAAAGGGGCAAGGGUUCCAGCAGGAAGUGCAGAGAUGCAUGGGAAAGGGGCAAGGGUUCCAGCAGGAAGUGCAGAGAUGCAUGGGAAAGGGGAAAGGGUUCCAGCAGGAAGUGCAGAGAUGCAUGGAAAGGGGCAAGGGUUCCAGCGAGUGCGAGAUGCAUGGGAAAGGGGAAGGUUCCAGCAGGAAGUGCAGAGAUGCAUGGGAAAGGGACAAGGGUUCCAGCAGGAAGUGCAGAGAUGCAUGGGAAAGGGGCAAGGGUUCCAGCAGGAAGUGCAGAGAUGCAUGGGAAAGGGGCAAGGGUUCCAGCAGGAAGUGCAGAGAUGCAUGGGAAAGGGGCAAGGGUUCCAGCAGGAAGUGCAGAUAUGCAUGGAAAGGGGCAAGGGUUCCAGCAGGAAAGUGCAGAGAUGCAUGGGAGGGCAAGGGUUCCAGCAGGAAGUGCAGAGAUGCAUGGGAAAGGGGCAAGGGUUCCAGCAGGAAGUGCAGAGAUGCAUGGGAAAGGGGCAAGGGUAGAAACAUGUCCCUUUUGCCACUUUCAGAGGUGCAGGAGACCUCAGAGCACAGCAAGACCAGAGCCAAGUCUGAGAAGGAGACUCGCCGACAGCUGGAGGUGCGACUGUCAGCCCUGGAGGAUGAAGUGUCAGACUUAAAGGCGGAGAAGGAAAAUUUGGAGAAGAGCCUUGCGGAGAGGAAGAGGCGGUCCCAGCAGGAACGGCAGCGGGCGGAGGAGGAACAGGAAGAGCUGCGCAGAUCUUUGCAGGAAGAGGUGGAGGAGUUACGGCAAGUCCUGAGGAAGACCAGGGAGCAGGCAGCAGCUGAGCAGGUGUCGUCUCGAAGUCGGAACGGGCAGAGACAGUCAGAGCUUGAGGAGCAGGCAGCCCAGCUCCAGCCUCUCAGGGACCAGUGUGCCAUGCUGGAGAGGCGGAUGGCGGCCAUGUUGGAAGAGCAAAAGAAAUCUAAGGAGAAGGAGAGCUGUUCUGCCCCCGAGCAGGCCCUGGCACUGAGACUGAAUGAGCAGAAAGUGGCAGAGCUGCAGGAACAAGCUGCCCAGCUUCAGCCCCUGAGGGAGAAGUAUGAGCGCCUACGGGGUCAGAUGUCCGCCCUGCUGGAAGAACAAACCAAGUGGCAGUCUCAGGAGGCACCGGGCACAGACACCACUGAAGAGGUGAAGAAGAUAAUGAACAGGGUGUUCCAGGGCCUGCGGGGGGAGUUCGAGCUGGAGGAGAUGUACAGCGGCAGGGAGGUCCUUGGAACCAUAAUGAGCACCAUAAAGGCAACGACUCUGCAGCUUCUGAAGCAGAACCAGCCCGAGGCAGCACCUCAGAGCAGCGGUGAGGAAGAGGAGGAGGAGGAUGAAGAUGAGGCCCAGGUUGUAUCUCCAGCCCCCAGGGCUGCCGUUGUCCCCCCGGACCAAGAAGGAAAUUCUGAUCCGAAGGAGGAUUGGGCCUCUGGGGCAGCCAGUGAGGAAGCUUCAGCUGCACUGGGGGAACAUGGGGAGGCAGAGGAGGAGCGGAGUGAAGGCCGGGACUUUACUAUAGAGCAAGUGGGGGAGGAUGGUUCUGACCCGGUUCAGGUCAUACAGGAGAAUUUAGAGGAGACCUCAGCCCUGGUACAUAUGAUGUCCAGUGACAUGGAGUCCAGCACCGUUACCCCUGCGCCUGGAGCUGGGAAGGAACCGGAGCACUUACGAGGUGAACCCUUGGUUUCUGACCCUGGGGCCACUCCCACUGACCCCGGGGCCACCCCCACUGACCCCGGGGCCACCCCCACUGACCCCGGGGCCACCCCCACUGACCUCGGGGCCACGCCCAUUGAGCCCAGGGCCACACCCAUUGAGCCCAGGGCCACGCCCAUUGAGCCCAGGGCCACGCCCAUUGAGCCCAGGGCCACUCCCACAGACCCCAGGGCCACUCCUACAGAGGCUCAUCCAGUUGCCCAUGACUUACGGAGUCACAGUCGUAGCCCAGUGGCCCCACAGACUCAGGACUCAGAGACACCCAGCUCGGCGGCUGAUGGAGGGAACUUAGAAGAUGGCAAGUUGGAAGGACCGCCGCCCCUGGGAAGCGACGAGGAAACUGGUAGCCCCGUACCACCUCCACUAGCCCAAAGACCCAGUGCAAAGCCAGACAGAGCCCAGACACAGAUGGAAAGGCCAUUGGCUGAGCCAAAGCAAAAGCAGAAAAUGAAUAUUGGGCUGGAAGAGUCUGACGAUGAAGACUUGUUUAAAACUCCCCCCAUCAAACCUCAGGGGUCAAAACCGGAAGAGGAAGAAGAGGAGGAGGAAGUGAGUAUGAAAGGGUGCCCACCCCCAGCACCAUUGUUCGGUGAUGAUGAAGAAGAUGACGAUGACCUUGACUGGUUGGGAUGAAGGCCUGAACCCUAUCUGCCACUGAGCCUUUAUCCCCAGGUGGUGUAUCUGUAGCUGUGAGAGCUCCGCCUCGGUGUAACAACAUGGCUGCCUGGGCUGGGGGUCUCCGAGCAGCUUCUUGCCCUUCUGGCAGUGACCCGGGCUCCUGUGUAUGGAACCUGCCCCCCCCCCAGGGUGCAGGAAUACAAAGCCUUAUACUGAGCGCCCCCUGCAGGAUCGGACACAUCCCCGCAGUGUUAAAUUCAGCGUUUCUGCACUUAACCAGAAUAUUGGUUCCCUACUAAUGGUUUCCUACCUACCUACCUACCUACUGACCUACCUACCUACCUACCUACCUACCUACCUAGUAAGUGUAAAAGGCUCGGCGCUGGGAAGGAACAAUAUCCACACACCGUGUCCUUAAUAAACACAUUUUCUCUCUUUUUUUAUGUGAAA